UUUGUGCUCUGGUGAGCAAAAAAAUCUCUGCCUACCUUAAAAUGUUCUCUUUUUGUUUGGGGACGGGGGAUAUGAUCAUUACCUAAACCAUACAAUUUUUCUAUUUCACCUAAGUAUCAUAUAUCAAUAACAAUCAGGUUUGUAAUCGCCAACAAACUGCAGUCAAGCAUUUAUUACAUGAAAGGAAGUAUAUUACACCCCUAAACUUGUGUAAAUUUGUUAAAUCUAGUUCAGUCGCUAAAAAAUAUUGACAGUGUUUGGAAAUUUAUACAUAGUAAAACAGAGAAACAUGGCUGUCCCUGGUAAAAAAGCAUCAAAGAAAUUAUCUUCAACUCUGUCUCGAGGUUCUGAAGAAGAUUUUGAAGUUUUCUGUCAGCCAUGUGACAGAGAUGACCUCAGACUACCUGCCGCUGGGUACUGUGUAGAUUGUGAAGAGCACCUGUGUGACUCGUGCUUUAACACCCACAGAAGACCAAAACCACUUCGACAUCAUAAACUCCUAGAUAAAGACAACAUGCCACACACACAAAAUCUUUCUACAAUGUGUAGUUCUACUACCGUUGGACAGCCAGAUGAUCUAACAUCUCCUUGCUCUAAACACAAAAAGGAAACGAUCAAGUUCUACUGCCAUGACCAUAAAGCACUUCUAUGCAGUGUAUGUGUGACCCUUGACCAUCCCUGUACAUCCUGCCAGGUCAACUACAUACCCGAUAUAUCACGACACACCAUCGACAGCACUGAGUUCAAAGACACUCUUAAAGAGCUUGACAAAAUAACUAAGAAAUGUCAGAAGAUUACAGCAGAUCUAAGGCAAAUGGUUGCAAAAUCAAAUACUUCUUUGACAGAUGUUCUUGCAGAAAUAGCAAAGUUCAGGAAAGAGAUCAACCAAAGAUUAGAUGAACUUGAAAAGGAAGCUUCAGAUGCAGCAAAUGCUCUAAAACAAGAGAAUGACACCAAGUUGAAAACUACAGAAGAAACAUGUGAUAAUGUCAGUAAAUCUCUUAAAGCCUCCUCUGAUAUGAUAAAACAACUCAACACAACCAAGAAAGCAGACAGACUUUUCACAGAGCUUAAAAAUGCUGACCAAUUAAUCCGAGAUUGUGAAAAGAGAAUGUCACAAGUAAAAACCACAGGAAUUACAAAAGAAUAUACAUUUGAUCCAAGUGAAGCCAUUCAAACAUUUCUUCAAAAUGAGAAGUCACUUGGUACUUUAAAUGCUAAAACACUAGAACAGCCAAGUCCUUCUUCAACUCCAGAUUCAAAAUCAAGAACUGUUUCAAAUCAUAAAAACAUCUGUGUUAAGACAUCAUCAGAUAAAAAAGAUUGUUACAUAACGGGAAUUGCAGCCUCUUUCCCAAACCAAGUAUUUCUAGUAGAUAACACAAAUUACACAAUUAAAAUGGUAGACAUCAAUAGUCAAUCUAUUCAAAAUCUGAGCCUAGAUUCAUGGCCCUAUCAUGUCAUUCCUACCACCAGAGAUGAACUUGCUGUCACACUACCAAGUAACAACACAAUACAGUUGAUGUCCUACUCUUCAAACAGACUCUCUAAGAAAAACACACUUGAAGUAGAUGGAAGGUGUUAUGGUAUCAGUUAUUGUCAGGGAAAACUUGCAGUAACAUUUAUUGGUCCUGCAAAACUCCAAAUCAUGGAUUUAAAAGGCACUGUACUAACAACAGUCAUAGCAAACUCAAAUGGGGAAAACAUUUUCGGAAGACCAGAAUAUGUCACUAGCAGCAGCAAGUCUAUCUAUGUAUCUGACCGAGGCAUGUUUGCAGUUAUCUGGUUAAACUGGCAAGGAGAACUGAUGGGUAGUUAUGGAGGGAUGGGAUUUCCACAAGGUAUUGCCAUGUCAGAUGAUGGAUCAUUUUAUGUGAGUGAUAUACAAAAAGGCCAAUGUAACAUACUCAAUGUAACUGGUGACUGUAAAGAGAGUACAACUGUUCUGAAGGAUUUAGAUCAUCCAAGGGCUAUUUACUGGUGUGAUACUACCAAAACAUUUUAUGUCAGUAACUACAGUGAUGACGAAAAAGAAAGAAACAUCAUUAAAAUCUUUAAGAUGUCAUAACACAGAGAACUGAUUUUAUUCUGAUAUAGAAUCAAAGUGCAAACAACAUCAAAAUAAUGUAAACAUUAUUUUAAAUAAUCUUCAUACAUUUGUACUCUUAAUAAAAUUGCUCAUGAAACAAAAAAGCUUCCACCAGAUUCACCAGACAC